CGCGCCCUGGACGCUAUGAACUUUGUUAAGAUCAAGGGCAGGCCUGUGCGCAUGAUGUGGUCCCAGCGCGACCCCUCUCUGAGAAAAAGUGGAGUAGGCAAUAUUUACGUAAAGAAUUUGGAGCCGUCAAUUGAUAGCCUUGCUUUGGUUGAUACGUUCUCCGCCUUUGGGAACAUCCUCUCUGGCAAGGUGGUUAGUGAUGAGAAAGGCUCCAAGGGCCACGGCUAUGUCCACUUUGAGACCCAGGUGGCGGCCGACAAAGCCAUCGAGAGAAUGAAUGGCAUGCUGCUGAACGACCGCAAGGCUUUCGUGGGACGUUUCAAGUCCCGCAAGGAGCGUGAGGCUGAGCUUGCAGCCCGCUUCAGCAAUAUUUUCGUCAAGAACUUUGGUGACUUGAACGAUGAGAAGCUGCGCGAGGUCUUCGGCAAAUUUGGACCCACUCUGAGCGCCCACGUGAUACGGGACGACCGUGGCAAAUCCAAAGGGUUCGGAUUUGUGUCCUACGAGCACCACGAGCAUGCCCAAAUGGCCGUCGACGAAAUGAACGGCAAAGAGCUAAAUGGCAAGGUCCUGUACUUGGCCCGCGCCCAGAAGAAAAUGGAGCGCCAGAUUGAGCUGAAGCGCAAGUUUGAGCAAAUGAAACAGGCUCGCAAGUCGCGCUACCAGGGAGUCAAUCUCUAUAUCAAAAAUAUCGAUGGCAUGGAUGAUGAGCGCCUGCUUAAAGAGUUUUCUUCCUUUGGAACCAUCACCAGUGCCAAGGUGAUGAUGGAGGGCGGCCGCAGCAAGGGCUUCGGCUUCGUCUGCUUCUCCUCCCCUGAGGAGGCCACCAAGGCGAUUUCGCAGAUGAAUGGGCGCGUCGUGGCCACCAAGCCGCUGUACGUGGCCCCGGCCCAGCGCAAGGAGGAGCGCCAGGCCUAUCUGGCCCACCUGCACAAGCAGAGGAUGGCCAACGUGCAUGGCGCCGCGCCCAAGCCCGUCAUCAAGCCCCACCAGCCUGCCCCACCCCCAGGAUUCGACAUGGCCGCCAUCCCUCAGGCCCAGAACGGCGCCAUUGACCACCAGCCGAGCCAGCUGGCUCAGGUGCGCCCCAGCGUCCCAGUGGCCCAGCAUGCCCAGGCCAUGCCAAAGACCAUGUGCCCAUCCGGACCUCGCAUGGCCAUGCCAAAGACCAUGUGCCCAUCCGGACCUCGCAUGGUGGCCCCCCAGCGUAUGGCCUCUCAGGCUCUGACCCUCCGUCCAUCCAACGUCUCAGCCGCCACCAUCGCCCUAAUGAAUGGGCUCAACCAGGACAACAAUGAUGCCACAGGGUUGAGGAGCCUCCAGAUGGGAGCACAGGCUCACGCUGCCAAGCAGCAGCUCAUGGCCCUUAUGCAGGGUGCAGAGCCCCUGACCAUCUCUGUGCUGGCAGCCUUCAGCCUGGAGGAGCAGGAGCAGAUUAUGGGCGAGCGCCUGUACCCCCUGGUCCAGAACAAGCUGCCCCUGGUGCAGAAUGUUCACCCCAACCUGACUGCCAAAGUCACCGGCAUGCUGCUGGAGAUGGAUAAAGGCGAGGUGCUCCAACUCCUCGAAUCGGAAGAGUCUCUGCGCUCCAAAGUGGAUGAGGCAGUGGCAGUCCUCAUACACCACCAGGCAAAAGAGGCAGUCCGGAAGGCUGACGUCACCAGCACGGCUGUGCCGGGCGUCUAAACACAUGAACUGAAAAAUAUG